GCAUGCGCGAGUUAAACGUUAUAAAUUAAAAAGUGUUUAAAUAAAUAAUUAGUGAAAAAUGGCUAGUUUGAUGCCGCAUGUGACUGUUUUGUGUUUUGUUAAUUUGAUUUUGGAAGCAACGGAUGGGCUUGCGGUGCCAUCACGAAGAACGUGCGUGAUUGGCGCCGGCUACGGUGGGCUUGCGUCUGCGCGGUUUCUCAAACAGUAUGGCGUCGACUUCACCGUGUUCGAGGCGCAACGGAGCCUUGGCGGGAACUGGAGAUUCCAGACUGAUUUAGAGGAGGAUGGUCUGCCAGAGUUCACGGGGAUCUAUAAGCAACUAAGGACAAAUACACCGCGGCAGACCAUGGAGUUCGCCCACUGGUACUUCCCCGACUCCACGCCGACGUAUCCCAGCGGUCCCUGCUUCUACAAGUACCUGAAGAACUUCACCAAAGAGUUCGACCUCGAGAAACAUAUAGAGUUCCGCUCUUUAGUGACGUCAGUGAAAUGGGCGGGUACCCAAUGGGAGAUCUCGUACACGAAGACAGACACCAAAGAAAACGCAACGGCGACAUGCGACUUCGUGAUCCUCGCGACCGGACAUCUGGGCAAGCCGAAGAUACCUAAGUUCGAGGGCCAGGAUAGUUUUAAAGGCAAAAUAAUCCACGUUCAAAAGUACAAAGACCCCGAGCCAUUCAGAAACCGUCGGAUCCUCCUGAUUGGCGCUGGUCCUUCAGGCCUGGACUUAGCUACGCAUUUGACCAAUCAGAGCGCCUGAUUGGUCCACAGCCACCAUUUGAAGUACAACCAGCCGUAUUUCGGUGCCAAUUAUGUAAAGAAACCUGAUGUGAAGAUGUUCACAAGUAAUGGUGUGAUGUUUGAGGAUGACAGCUUUGAAGAGAUUGACGAUGUGAUACUUUGCACAGGAUACGAGUUCGACUUGAGCUUUUUACACGAGAGCUGUGGGCUGACAGUGUCCAGCAAGUUCGUGCUGCCGGUCUACCAGCACAUGGUGAACAUCCGGAGACCCAGCAUGGUGCUGCUGGCGCUGCCUAAGCCGAUCAUCACCCGGGCUAUUGAUGUUCAGGCGGAUUACGCAGCGUCGUUGGCAGCGGGUAAAUUCGAGCUGCCCUCACAAGAGACAAUGCUCAAGUCCUGGCUGCAACACGUGUAUUCCCUACAGACCAGAGGCAAAAAGAUUGUAGAUGUCAACUUCUUGGCCGACCAGCAGGACCAGUAUUUCGCCAACCUCACCGCCGAAGCCGGCAUAACGCGAGUGGCACCUGUACUAACCACAAUAAGGGACUUCAACGCGAAAAACCGCCUCGAAGACUUACUCAACUACAGGGACUACGACUACAAAGUAGUCGAUGACCACAACUACGACAGGUUCUACAACCCGAGGAAUGAGACCUGUGAUAUUUUAGCCUAAUUGGUAGUUUUGUAAAGUAGGUUAAAUUCGAGUAGGAAUAGAUCAGCUCUCUGA